AUGAGGAGGAGGAGAGGAGGAGGAGGAGGGGAGGAAGGAGGAGGAGAGGAAGGAGGAGGAGGAGAGGAAGGAGAGAAUGAGGAGGAGAGGAGGAGAGGAGAAGAGGAGGAGGAGGGGAGAAGAGGAGGAGAGGAGGAGGAGGAGAGGAGGAGAGGAGGAGGAGGAGAGGAAGAGGAGAGGAAGGAGAGAAUGAGGAGGAGGAGGAGGAGGGGAGGAAGGAGGAGGAGGAGGAGAGGAAGGAGGAGAGGAGGAGGAGGAGAGGAGGAGAGGAGGAGGAGGAGAGGAGGAGGAGAGGAAGGAGAGAAUGAGGAGGAGGAGGAGGAGGAGGAGGAGGAGAGGAAAGAGGAGGAGAGGAAGGAGAGGAAGGAGAGGAAGGAGGAGGAGGAGGAGGAGAGGAAGGAGAGGAAGGAGGAGAGGAGGAGGAGAGGAGGAGAGGAAGGAGGAGGAGAGGAGGAGAGGAAGGAGGAGGAGGAGGAGGAGAGGAAGGAGGAGAGGAAGGAGGAGAGGAGGAGAGAAUGA